AUGUUGAAACGAUUGAAAAAUAUCUUCAGUACGCCCAGCGGAGAAGAGCUCUGGCCAAGCAAGAACUCAUCGACGAAGAAGACUCGUCUUUACAAGGAACAAUCGCCACUAAACGAAUGGAAAUUAAUCAAAGAAUUAGGCGAUGGAGCAUUCGGUAAGGUUUAUCAAGCCUGUCACGAACAAAGCAAGCAAUACGCUGCCGCGAAAGUGAUCGAAAAUUGCACUGAUGAUGAAUUACCCGAACACACUGUUGAAAUCAAUAUUUUAUCUGAUUGCGAUCAUCCGAAUAUCAUCGGAUUCUACGAUGCCUACUAUUUUGAAAAGAAAUUGUACAUUUUUCUCGAAUAUUGUACAUAUGGAGCGGUCGAUCAUAUCAUGACGACACUUGAACAUGGACUAGAUGAAAAACAAAUACGUUUUAUUGGAUAUGAAAUGUUAGAAGCCUUAGAGUAUUUACAUACACAACAAUUCGUCAUUCAUCGGGAUGUUAAAGCCAGUAAUAUACUUCUCACACAAACUGGACAAGUGAAAUUGGCUGAUUUUGGUGUCUCAGCAAUAAAUACUCAACAAGAUCAAAAGCGAAAUGAAUUUAUUGGCACUCCAUAUUGGAUGGCACCUGAAGUGUUCUUUUGUGAAGCAAGCACUGAUAAGACGUAUGAUUAUCGUGUUGAUAUCUGGUCGUUUGGUAUCACAUUGAUUGAAAUGGCUGAAAUGGAUCCGCCGUACCAUGAAAUGCGUUCUGAACGUGUUGGUGCUAAAAUUCGCCAAGCAGCGCCUCCAACGCUACGAGAUAUUCGUCGAUGGAGUACGGAAUUUUCGGACCUAUUAUCAUGUUGUUUAAAACGCAAUCCAGUAGAACGUUUAACGUGUCACGAAUUAAAACAACAUCCAUUUAUGUCGAAUGCCAAGUCUGUUCAUUCGUCCAUACUUUAUUUAUUGGAAGAAUACAAGGCUACACCUGUUGUUGAAGUUGUUGAAGAAGAAAUCAUUCUUCCAACAUCUCAAUCGAAAAUUGAUUUGGAAAGUGAACAUCGCCUUUCAAAAAGUUCAAUUACAGAAGAAGAACUUAAAAAGUAUUCUGUUCCUUCGGAUGAUGACGACGAUAAUGAGGUUGAUGAUGAUGAUCAUUCAUUGAUCGCUGAUGGAGAUAUUGCAACAAACAUUGAUGAUAAUCAAACGAGUGAUAAUAAUAAUAAUAAUAUAAGUGAACCCGUCAUUGUACUCAAGCAAAUUCGACGUUUAUCAAGUGUAGACAAUGAACCGGGACCGCCCGUACCGCCUACAAAACCAACAGUCAUCGCCUCUGAUAUUGAUGCGAAAGCGAAACAAUCAAAUAAUAAUGUGGCAAAUAAACCACCUCCGAUUCCCAACGCUAAUUCAGCGAUAAAAGCACCUCCAACAAAAGCACCAAAGCCAUCACGAGCUCUGCUGAACAGUACUACAAAUCCUUCCAUUGUUACUACUCAUUUUACAUCAUCAAAAACACGAGCUGCUUCAGAACCAAAAGAAUCAACUACAACAACAACUACUACACAUAAACUUCCAUCCUUAUCACCGGCACCAAUCAAACGUCUCACUCCUACUCCGCCUCCACCUCCACCGUCCGUACCUGUUACCAAUGGACACAAAAAGAAAACAUCGCCAUCGGGUACUGUUGUUCAACAAAAAGCUCCUUCACCUGAAAAACUUAAGCCAAGUGUUAAUAAACCGUCGCCAUCGCCAAUAUUUGUUCCUCCUCCAACCGUACCGACUACAUCCAAUCGUUCGAAUAGUGCGACGGAAGUUGGUCCUGUUGAAACAGAAGAUUCACUUUCCAAAGCACUGACUCGUAUAUACGAAGGUUAUGUUAACGACCUGAUUGAGGAAGUGAUUCAAUCCGACUUUGAAAAACCUUCCAUUCCCGAAGUUAUACUCGCAGUUAUAACUGAUUUGACUAAUGAUGAUGAAGAAGAAGAAGAAGAUAAUGAUCAUGUUCAACAACAUCUCAAUGGUUUUAAUCAAAUUUAUAAUUUCAAUCAAGAUAAGGGGCGUUCAUCUUCGCCAACCAUCUAUCAUAACAACGGGACGAAUGGCGAUAUCGAUCAUUAUUAUACACGUGUACAUCAAUCAACCACACAUUUAAAUGGGGUCAAUAAUCAUGAUCUAGUACAAAGUACAAAUAGCUCGAGUCAAAGUACUUCACUGGCGUCAGCAAAUGACUCGGCCCCUGCAUAUUCCGAGACCCGAGCAACGCGUCGGCGUACAAUUCGAACAACUCGACGAUUUGUUGGACCAGACGGUAAACAAGAAGAGAUCGUCACGACAAAAAUCGUUGAACCACAUAAUGAUUAUCAAUCUCGAUUAUCUGAGCGGAAAGAAGCUCAUCGAGAAUUCCGUCGAUUGUAUCAUCUCGAAGAAAAACGUCGGCAACAGCUGUUGAACCGUCAUGAAUUUGAAAUCGACGAACAACGACAAGAAUUUCGUCGGAAACGUGAUGAACUCGUGAAAAAAUACGAUUUCGAGUUGCAAACCAUGGAACAAAAGCAGAAGAUCGAAAUCGAACGGGAAAGUGUGAUACUGUCCAAUGAGUGUAACAAGAAAAUGAAACAAAUCAAAAUUGAUCAAGAGAAAGAAUUGAAACAAUUCCGAGAACAAAUUCGCGAACAAUUCAAACAAAUCAAACGCGAUUUCGAUUCACCGUACAAUAACGCCACAAAUUCGUUUUUAGUGAACAAUAAUGGCACUCAAUCAAUCAAAGACCGUAAAGAACUAUUCAAACGUUAUCUCGCGGAAAAAGAAAACGAAUCUUAUCUGCGUGAAAAGCAAUUCACCGAUAAUCAACAACAAAUUCUUGACAAUCAAUUGAAAACCAUUGAAAACUACCAUAAGCAACGCAUCCAAGUCUUAGAACGGCAAUUUCUCGUUGAAAAACAAAACCUAAUCAAAACAAAAGAACAAGCUCUCUGGGAAAUCGACGAACACGAACUGCGUUCUCGUUAUGAUCUGUUACGUAAACAAACGAAAUCAUUCUAUUCCUUGUUUCGAACGAUGUUGACCCAGCAAUCGGAAAAAGAAGUUCAACAAUUGGAUGAACAAAUUCGGUUAGAGCGUGAAAUGUUGGAAACUCGAUUAAGUGAAGACAGACGUGAGUGGCCGCGUACGUGGAAGAAAAUGCAAAAAACACGUAAUAAACAAUUCCGACAACAAUUAAUUAUUAACAAAACACCAUUCGAAGAAGAAAAAGUUCUCAUUAAAAAGUUUGAAAAUGAUGAAAAUGAGAGACGACGUACUCAUGAAGAACGUUUAAAAGAAAAACACCGUCAUUUAAUUCAAAAUCUUCACAGUAAACAACAAGCUACAAGAAACGAAUUGUUACUUGUUCAAAGACAAAAAUUAGAACAAUGUGUGGAAUUCGAAACGCGAAAAUUACAAGAACUUCAACAAACAUUCGAAAGUGAUUGGGUAGAAUUUCGCAACACACAAAAGUCAAGAAAAUUGAUUGAUCAUUUCCAUAUUGAUGUACCUCCUUGGUUACCGAUGAAAUCUACCGGUCAGACUAAUGAGAAAUAUUCUAGCCCAAAUCGUCAGACAUUUGUCUACAAUGCAGAUGAGAUCUCUCUUGAAGCUCUAUUGGAUCCGAGUUUUCGUCCAAUGACAACACCAACAUCAUCUCAACAAGUCUAUCCAACUAAUUACCAUUCCGCACCUCAUUCAUUAGCAAAUGUAAUACCAAAUAUUCGAUACGAUCGAGCUUCGUUUGAUCCAUCGAUUGAUAUACCAGCUGUUCAACCAUUUUCAACACUACCCACUCGCCGUCGUCGUCGUCCGCAGUCUAGUCAAUUGCCUAUCUCUCUUCCAUUUUCGAGUGCGACAGCUACUCGAACUCGAUUUUCGCCCAACACGGCAAAAGUCGUUCAAUCCCCAGUAACAUCGCAUGCACCUGCUCUACUUCGUUCAACUGGUGGUUAUCGUCUUCAAUCAUGGCAUUCAUGGCCGGGUGUCGAGUUAACUGACGAUGAGCAAUUCUUCAAAUUAAGCAAUGAUAGCGAGCAUAUUCUCUUCUAA